AAUUGACAAUUCUCUCAGAAUUUUCCAAUGUAAACUUUCAUAAGUAAAAUGUGUAUUUUUCAUCUUUGUAAGGAUUUUCUUCGAAACAUCCCCGGAGGAGUAUUCUCAUCUAGCCUUUAUGAUAAAUGGAUGGCAGUCACUGAUCUAGACAAUGAGAAGGAAAGAAUAUCUUCCAUCCAGAGUCUUUUAGAGCAACUGCCAACACCAAACGUGGUCCUCUUGAGACAGCUAUUCCAGGUCUUACACAGCAUUGAGAGACAUUCAUCAACUAACUAUAUGACAUCUUAUAACUUAUCUGUGUGUAUGGCACCCAGUCUUCUGUGUCUGCCUAACCGUAGCAUGUUGGAAUUAGAAAAAGGAAUCUCAAAACAGAUUUCUCUUGUACAGUACUUUAUUGAGAACUUUGAAAAGAUAUUUGAAGACAACACGAAUAUACAUUUAGGAGAAAGCUCAGUGAUGCCUAGUAACGGCAAGGAGCCUUUGCAUACUUCCAUUAACGGCGAGGAGACUUUCGAUAUUUCCAUUAACCCCGAGGAGACUUUGGAUAUAUCCAUUAAUGGUGAGGAGCCUUUGGAUACAUCCAUUAAUGGCGAGGAGACUUUCGAUACAUCCAUUAACCGUGAGGAGCCUUUGGAUACAUCCAUUAACGGAGAGGAGACUUUCGAUAUUUCCAUUAACCCCGAGGAGACUUUGGAUAUAUCCAUUAAUGGUGAGGAGCCUUUGGAUACAUCCAUUAAUGGCGAGGAGCGUUUGGAUAUAUCCAUUAAUGGUGAGGAGCCUUUGGAUACAUCCAUUAACGGAGAGGAGACUUUCAAUAUUUCUAUUAACCCCGAGGAGACUUUGGAUAUAUCCAUUAAUGGCGAGGAGCGUUUGGAUAUAUCCAUUAAUGGUGAGGAGCCUUUGGAUACAUCCAUUAAUGGUGAGGAGUCUUUGGAUACAUCCAUUAAUGGAGAGGAGCCUUUGGAUACAUCCAUUAAUGGUGAGGAGACUUUCGAUAAAUCCAUUAACCAUGAGGAGCCUUUGGAUACAUCUAUUAAUGGAGAGGAGCCUUUGGAUACUUCCAUUAACGGUGAGGAGACUUUCGAUACAUCCAUUAACGGUGAGGAGACUUUCGAUACAUCCAUUAAUGGUGAGGAGACUUUCGAUACAUCCAUUAAUGGCGAGGAGCGUUUGGAUAUAUCCAUUAACGGUGAGGAGCCUUUGGAUACAUCCAUUAACGGAGAGGAGACUUUUGAUAUUUCCAUUAACCCCGAGGAGACUUUGGAUAUAUCCAUUAAUGGUGAGGAGCCUUUGGAUACAUCCAUUAAUGGCAAGGAGCAUUUGGAUAUAUCCAUUAAUGGUGAGGAGCCUUUGGAUACAUCCAUUAACCAUGAGGAGCCUUUGGAUACAUCCAUUAAUGGAGAGGAGCCUUUGGAUACAUCCAUUAAUGGUGAGGAGACUUUCGAUACAUCCAUUUGCCAUGAGGAGCCUUUGGAUACAUCUAUUAAUGGAGAGGAGCCUUUGGAUACUUCCAUUAACGGUGAGAGACUUUCGAUACAUCCAUUAACGGUGAGUACAUCCAUUAAUGGCGAGGAGCGUUUGGAUAUAUCCAUUAAUGGUGAGGAGCCUUUGGAUACAUCCAUUAACGGAGAGGAGACUUUUGAUAUUUCCAUUAACCCCGAGGAGACUUUGGAUAUAUCCAUUAAUGGUGAGGAGACUUUGGAUACAUCCAUUAAUGGCAAGGAGCAUUUGGAUAUAUCCAUUAAUGGUGAGGAGACUUUCGAUACAUCCAUUAACCAUGAGGAGCCUUUGGAUACAUCUAUUAAUGGAGAGGAGCCUUUGGAUACUUCCAUUAACGGUGAGGAGACUUUCGAUACAUCCAUUAACGGUGAGGAGACUUUCGAUACAUCCAUUAAUGGCGAGGAGCGUUUGGAUAUAUCCAUUAAUGGCGAGGAGCGUUUGGAUAUAUCCAUUAACGGUGAGGAGCCUGUGGAUACAUCCAUUAACGGUGAGGAGCCUUUGGAUACAUCCAUUAAUGGCGAGGAGACUUUCGAUAUAUCCAUUAACGGUGAGGAGCCUUUGGAUACUUCCAUUAAAGGAGAGGAGCCUUUGGAUACUUCCAUUAACAGUGAGGAGACUUUGGAUAUAUCCAUUAAAGGCGAGGAGGUUUUGGAUAACUCCAUCGAUUUGCGUGAGUUGGAUGUUGUCCAGGAAGAUGAGAAAACCUGUGCUAGUGAAAAGACACAUCCCAGUCGUGAGGCAGAGCCACCGCAUCCACCUGCUGCUCCUCAUGAUGGUGAAUACACAGAUGCAGAGACAACGGUUAGGAGAAGCUCCCUCCUAAGUCAGAUAUUUCGCCGUGGAGCGUCCACCUGCCAUGACUGUGCGUUUUCCCGAGUUCCAGCCUCAACUCCUGGUCGCCUCUUUAAUAACCCUCUAGGGGCUAUUUGUCAAGAUGGCAAUCUGCCGACUUCAAUUAUGACUAUGCUGUCUCUCCUGGAGGAAACUGGACCUGCUGUUGAAGGCAUUUUUAGUAAAUCAGGAAGUAUUGCAGAAUGCCAAGACAUUAAGGACAAGCUGGAUUUGGGAGAAGAAGUAGAUCUGAGGGAGAAAUCCAUCCUUGUCGUGUCUUCAGUUUUAAAGGAUUUUCUUCGAAACAUCCCCGGAGGAGUAUUCUCUUCUAGCCUCUAUGAUACAUGGAUGGCAGUGACUGAUCUAGACAAUGAGAAGGAAAGAAUAUCUUCCAUCCAGAGUCUUUUAGAGCAACUGCCAACACCAAACGUGGUCCUCUUGAGACAGCUAUUCCAGGUCUUACACAGCAUUGAGAGACAUUCGUCAACUAACUAUAUGACAUCUUAUAACUUAUCUGUGUGUAUGGCACCCAGUCUUCUGUGUCUGCCUAACCGCAGCAUGUUGGAAUUAGAAAAAGAAAUCUCAAAACAGGUAAUGAUAUGUAUAACUUUGUGCUUUGGUUCAGUACAAUGUUCUGCCCUGAUGUUUUGUAAGGAAGGUUCUCUUAUCCAUUUCUUCCCUGUAGGAGAGACGUAAGAGUAAUCAUU